UGGCCAGGAGCCUCAUGACCUCAUCUUUUUCCGCCACAUGGGGAUUGGUGGCUGUGCUUGGGACAGGGUUUAAAUUCCCAGAGCUCAGAGAUGUCAGGCAGUCGGGGGACAAGGGGAGAACGCCAGAGCUGCUGGGAGCCAGCUGGAGCUGCUGCUGGGAUCACUAAGAGUGCUCUUGUUGUGGCUCACUCCUCCAGCACCAGAAAAGGUAAAACAUCACAAUGAAGGUGGCAGUUCUGUGUUUAUGCCUUAUCAGCAUCACUGCUGCAUGGCCAGUGAUUCAAUCCAAGCACCAUGCCAUUUCUGCCAGCUCCGAAGAAAAAUAUGACUCCAGGAGCCAUCACUUGCGCAGAUAUCACAACGACCACAUGAAUUCUCAGUCUCAGGAGAGUCAGCAGCACCCCCAGAGUGAUCUGGCAUCAUCGCAGCAGACCCUUCACUCUUCAGAAGAAAGCAUGGAUGUCCCAGUACAGCUGCACUUUCCUGAUGUGUCAAGCAAGAGCCAUGAAGAUGUGGAUGAUGAUGAUGACGACGACGACAACGAUUCCAAUGACACAGAUGAAUCCGAAGAGGUUGUCACGAGUUUUCCCACAGACAUUCCAGUAACUGAACCAUUCCCCACCUUCCCUUUCACCCGGGGAGACAAUGCUGGCAGAGGUGACAGUGUGGCCUACAGGAUGAGGGCAAAAGCCGCACUGCUGAAGUCUAUCAAACUCUACAAAGCUGCCAAAAAGCUUAUCUAUGGUGCCACUGAGGAAGAUGAGAGCGACAUGGACGCAGACAGCCAGCGCUCUGUCUCUCGGGAGGAUUCUGCUUCCCGCAGCUCCCUGAGGAAGCACGCCAGCAGCGUGGUAUGGUCUGACCAGAGCCACGGGCGGGACAGCAGCGAGAAGGACAGCAAUCCGCAUGAUCGGAGCUUGGAAAACAACAGCCGGCACAAAUCCGACAGCCACGAGGCAGAAGGCGACAGUAGCAAGUCUGGUGUCAGAGGGGACAGCCUCUCGAGUGUGGAAAGCAAAGAGAGAGGGGACAGCCACCCGAGUGCAGAAAGCUGGGAGAGCCGGGACAGCCACCCGAGUGCGGAAAGCAGGGAGAGCCAGGACCGCGUGUCAGCUGAGCUCUCUGACGACAUCAGCAACCAAACCCUGGAAAGUGCCGAGGAUUCUCAAGAUCGUCGCAGCAUCGAAAGUAACGAAGUCACCCUUUAAAGAGAGACAAAAAUAAUAUUUCCCUCCCUUUUCAAUCCCUACCUAAGGGAAGAGGGGAGUCGCUUCAUUUCGGGGAACUGUUUGUUAAUGUAGUUCGCGUGGUGACUUUUGGGGUUCGGGGCGGUCCAUGGUCCCUGGGGCUGUGCCGGCGGAGGCUGUGGGACACACGGGGCGAGGGUCGCCCCUCGGGCACGCUGCUCUCUGCGCUGCCAGGCGGUGUUGUGCUGUAACGGGACUUAAAUAAAACCUCAAAACCCUG